AUGUGGCCCAAGACGCCCGCCGCCGCGUUGGCCGUCGUCGCCGCCGCGGCGCUGCUGGCGCUGGCGGCCGACGCGCACCCCGCCCCGGAGCCAGACCCCUUCAUCAAAGCGAACAAGACGCCGCCCAUCUGCCUGCCCGUGCCCAAGGUGCCCGUGCUGAAGGUGUGCGUGCAAGGGCACGGCUUCGCCAUCAUCAACAACAAAUUCCGCCUCUGCAUCAAACUCAUCGUGAAAUUAGUCAGACAAACCAUCGCGGUCAUCACCUUCGAUUGCCUGCACUUGAAACUGCCCAGGAAGGGCUGACAGCUCCGGGUUUCGAUGGCAUUAAGGGCCAAGAAUAAGUGAUUUUCAAGAUUCGGGAUACGAUCAAAAUGCAAUGGCUGAAAACUAAAAUAAAAAUACUUCAAGUGGUAAGGACAAUGAACGGUUGGUUAUGAUUAAAAAUCUGUGUUCAAGUGGAAUUUGUAUAAAAUUAUGUCCCAUUUGUCUGUCAUUGCUGGAUAAUAAAUUAAGAAAAUCGUAUGCAAAUAUAUGCAUUUAAAUAUAAUAGUAAGUAUAUACAAAAAAAGAAAAAAGAAAAGCGUUUCAAAUUUUGGUACCCUUAUAAAAUUUCCAUUUCACACAAAAAUUUGAGUCGUAAAACUUCAUUGAAUUAAUUUUCAUUCUUACUCAAUAUUCUGAAAUAGUACAAACACGUUUCGACAUGCUUUAAGAAAGAUGUUACCACAUACAAUAGAUCUUUCGUUUUUUUUACUAUCUUUGUCGUUAUGUUACGAGAGAAUAAUACGAACAUGAUACAAUAUAAUUUUUAUAUUUUUCCAAAUAAUAGUUCAUUUAAAUAAGGUUUAUUUGAAACAUUCUUACUUUUUUGUAAUUACUGCAACCAACAGAAAAAUUGUUAUAAAAUAAAAUCGCUUCAAAAUGCCAUGUUUAAAUAAAAAUAGGACAGUCCGAAACUUUUCGCGUUGUAUUCGAUUCCUAUUGGAACAAAAUAAUAAUUUUGAUGCAAUAAAUUAUAUAGAUCAGUAGAUUGAAGCUAUAUUAUUCGUUCAGUAUUUAUUUAUUUCGUGUUUCCUGGUGCGCCUACCGGCUGUACGUGCAGUGCAUGUUUUUUAUCGGGAACGCUGGCAGUAAUCUUCUCCAGCUGGUUUGUGAGAUCCAGCGCUAACGUAUACGUCGACUUGCGGGGUUUUCACAUCCAGGUAUCCAACCACCAACGGGGCAAGUCACCGUCAGGACAAUCUCUAUGCCUCCGACUGGUCACAUUCCCUAUUCAGGCAUUCUAUUCAAUUAUAAUUCCGCUCAUCCAACUAAAAUGCAGAAAUGCAUACUUUUUAACUUAGUAGACAAAAUGAAACAAUUAUCAAAUUUAAUGUUCUAUGAAAUAAAAAAAUAUUUCAUUUGUUAAUAAAUUAUGAUUAUCCCAAUUAAUUUCAUUUACAGAACGGUACGUCAGUGCUAGAAAAGAAUAUUAUACAACAACAAAAAAUGCAAAAUCACUGUUCUAGUAAUAUUGAAAAUUAAACUGAUCCACACAUUUUCUUCCAUUUACUCCUCAUCCAAUCCAUCAACAAUAAAAUAAAGCAAUCUUUGCAACCAAAUUUUAAAAUUCGUUUGCUAAAUAAUAUUGUAACCAAGAAAUAUUAAAAAACAACAGGAGGACCCGAUCACAACGAGUUAGAGAUACACAGUGGAAAGAGCGCCGCCAUCUUUGAAACAGGAGAAUCACUCUCCGCCAUGUUAAAAAGUAUCAAACUUUCCGCCGAAAAACAAUGUUUGUUGAUUGGAAACACUUUUGCAGGUUCAUUAAAUAUAACAGCGGAUUCAUGCAGUAGGUAUAAUAUUGCUGAGAAGUUAUAAAUAACGCGAGUUAGUAUUUGCUUUUGGAACCACUAGUUUUAGAACAGAUCAUUUAAGACAUUAUUAAUAUUGAAGUUUAGAAAUGUUAACGUUUUGCAAUUUUCAAAAAUAUAGAGAGUACGCCGGAAAUCGGACUAGCACAAUUUUUUAUCGGUCUGUGAUAAAUGCGAGGAGAAAAUUUAAAGGAAAAAUUGGAACUCUGUUUUAGAAAAUAAUUGUUUAAGAAUUUCCUACAUUUCACGAAUUACGUGAAAACUACCCAUACUUUCGAAAACUUAUACAGGAUAUCUCAAAAUCUUUUUUGAAGAACAGAUUUCAUUAAGGAAGAAAUCCAUCUUCAUUAGUGU